GCUUGGUCAUGAACACAUUUGCGAAACACAUGGCAUAAUCAUAGCCAGCUUGACCUACAUAGGACGCUGCAUAUUGAAUGCGUUGCGUCGUCCCAUGUAGGAGUCUAGGACUAGCAAUUGCAUGCAUAUCCUAUUCAAUGUCAUUUGAGCAUUCUGAAGAAACGAAACUCAUGGAUUUGGCCAGCCCUCGAGUUUCGAGCAGGGAGGGGAUUAUGUAGAAAAAGUGAUUAUCAACUCCAACGGGGGUAUUUAUUUAGAGGUACCAGAAUCUUAACUGCGAGGCAAUUGAUACUUAUCACCUGGAGCCUGGCUAGAAACAUGUCAGGGGAGUAUUGCCUAAUUUCCUGUGUCCUUCUGCUCAUGGUCAGCUUGUCUGUGGGGUUCCAGAAUGGGAACAUGAGGCUGGUGGGGGGUGAGCUGGCCCUGGAGGGCCGUGUGGAGAUCUACUAUAAUGGACAGUGGGGGACCGUGUGUGACGACAACUGGGACAUUUCUGAGGCACAGGUGGUGUGUCGCUAUCUCAACUACCCUGGUGCUCUCACUGCUGUGGUGGGUGGGAUAUACGGACAAGGAUCUGGUCCUAUCUGGAUGGAUGAUCUAAACUGUGAGGGGACAGAGAAAGACUUGUCCCACUGUCUCUUCAAAGGCUGGGGGGUUACUGACUGUCAACAUGCUGAGGAUGCUGGUGUGGUCUGUGAAAGAGAAUCGUCUCGGAAUAGCAGUCGCGUCUACACUCUGGACCACAACACAGGCCUCAGUAACCACAUGGGGGCGCUGUUUGACAGUGGACGCGACUGUGACUUUGACAUCAUGGUGCGGGUUGCAAACAGCGCUGUGGAAACUAUCUGUGUUCACAAGCUGAUUGUCACUCUGGACCCAAAUGCCUCCAUCUUAAACACCACACAAGAGGAGAACCUCAGUAACCUCAACCUAGACGUCAGCCUCAACUGCCGGCCACAUGUCACCGACUUCCUGAGGUAUCUGUACACGCGGCAGAUUAACGUGACCAUGUCCUCUGCCCAGUGCAUCCACAAGAUGGCGUCCGACUGGGGUCUGAAGCAGCUUCAGGAGGCGGCAGGGAGGCUUUUCACCUGGCUGCUCCCCGAUGAUGCCUCCUUCCAGACCCAGACCUCUCUGUACGAGUACUCAGUCCACACAGGCGACACAGUUCUGCAGGAAACAUGUCUGCGCUACCUUGCCUGGAACUGUGAGUCACUGAUCCGUUCCCCAGCCUGGACUGGUCUUGCCCUGGGCACAGUAAAGGCCCUUCUAGCCCGUUCAGACGUGGUAGUGCCAGAUGAGGCCUUCCUCCUAAAGGGUUUGGAGGACUGGGUGUUGGAACAGGGUAACUUGUCCACCCAUGAAGACCAGGUCGCCAUUUUGAACCACAUCCGUUUCCCCAUGAUCGCUGCUGAAGAUUUGUUCAACCUCAAAGCCAAGUCUGAACUGUACAUGGACCAACAAGAGCGUUAUAAUGCCGGCAUGUUGCAGGGCUUUCAGUUCAAUGCACUACCCUUCCAGACGCUAGCUGGGGGCCUCCUCCUUAAAAAGGUGGAAUACACACCCAGGAUCUACACUGGCAAGCCAUGGAGCUUCACUUUCAGCUCAAAGGAGCUCAACACGUUCCGAUACGUCGGACACUAUUACCACUCAGGCCAGAACCUCAACAGCCUCAGUGCCAACUUUGACAGCCCUGUGCACAACAGUGCCUUUUUUUCCCUGUUCAAAAAGCUCAACUGGAACACCAGGGUCUUUAUCCACAACCAUGAAUGCUCAAACAGCGGCAUCCGCUGUCCGUCGCUGCCGAUGGUCUCGCUAACUGCCCAGAAUAACAGGGAGUUGCCCCAAGAGUAUCAGGACAGCAUCCGCUACCUCAACAAGGUUGUCCUGAUGUGUGAAGGGGAGUUUGUAUUCCAUGUCCAGGAUUUUGCAUCCACGAUUGGCAAUGGCGGAAAUCAGGCCCAGAUUCCAGCAAACAUCUCUGCGGGCCAGGCCUAUCCGUGCCACUCAGACCAGUUCUCCUACCGUGUGGUGGUUCAGCCUGUGUACACCACUGAGAUCAAGGAGAAUUAGCAGGAAGUAGAGGGACAGGAAUAUGAGGAGAUAAAGUGAACGAAGAUCACUUGGUAGUUAGUAGUUCUUUUUCAAUUAUCCAAGUUUAACAAAGCAAUUUUAGCAACGUCAAUGUAUGUAAUCCUAAGUGUUUUGUUUAACCCAUCCAAUAUCUUCUGAAUGUCACUUCCAGGCAACACUGCAUUAUCAUUCUCAGUGGCUAUUUUAGCAUGUAAAUCUUGGUGUGGCAAAAAAACAAAUAAAUGGGAUGCAUGCCAGCAAAGCCACAACACUAAACAAUACAUUAAUUGCACUAUAACGGUGACAAGCAGUGCCCGCAAACUGUUAGGGUCAACUUAGGGUCAACUCCCAACAGCAGUCCCAACACCUUACCACUGCAACACCUGGCUAUCAGCGUCUUUGUCUGGCAGCGAAACAGUUAAUUCCGCCUCAUUUACUGCCUUUAAAAAAAACAGCUGAAAUGGCUGACU